AUGUUCAAGAACAUGAGGAGGCAGGACUUUGGCCGCAUCCAGGCAAAACUCUUUCCAAAGUACUUCUCCCUGGCUGCUGCUGCGAUCACCAUCCUUCUCAACACCGUGCAGUUUGCCAGCCGCCCUUGGCUGCUGUAUGCUGCCCUCGCUGCUACCCUGGGCAACUGGCUGGUCAUCGAGCCCAAAGCCUCGACCAUACUGAUGGAACGCUACGAUCUGGAGAACAGCGGAGCAGACGAUGAGGCCACCAAGGACAGGAUCCAGACGCUGUACAAGACCUUCAGCAAGAUGCAUGGCAUGUCGUCGUUACUCAACCUGGUGGCAUUGUGCGGGGCUGUGGGCCAUGCAUGGUUCUUGGCCAAUGGGAUGAACCUGACCAUGCUUGCCCUGUAA